AGCAGCAGGAGCAGCACUAGCACUGGGCAUGGCGGCGGGCCGGGUGCUGGUGUACGGCGGCGGCGGCGCGCUGGGCUCGCACUGCGUGCGCUACUUCGCCGCCCGCAACUGGUGGGUGGCCAGCAUCGACCUGGCGGCCAACGCGGAGGCGAGCGCCAGCGUGGUGGUGCGGCCGGCAGACUCCUUCCCCGAGCAGGCCGAGCAGGUGACAGCAGAGGUGGGAAAACUCCUUGGUGAAGAAAAGGUGGAUGCAAUCUUGUGUGUCGCAGGAGGAUGGGCUGGAGGCAGCGCCAAAGCUAAGUCAUUAUACAAAAACUGUGAUUUGAUGUGGAAGCAGAGUGUUUGGACAUCCACCAUUUCCGGUCACCUGGCUACCAAACACCUUAAAGAAGGAGGCCUCUUGACUUUGACAGGAGCACAAGCUGCUUUAUCCGGAACCCCAGGGAUGAUUGGCUAUGGGAUGGCCAAAGGAGCCGUGCACCAGCUCUGCCAGAGCCUGGCUGGCGCCGGGAGCGGUUUGCCCCCCGGCUCUGCUGCUGUCGCUGUCCUGCCGGUUACCUUGGAUACGCCAGCGAACAGGAAAUCGAUGCCUGACGCAGAUUUCAGCUCCUGGACACCCUUAGAAUUCGUUGUAGAAACUUUUUAUGACUGGAUAACAGGAAAGAACCGGCCAAACUCAGGGAGUCUAAUCCAGGUGAUAACUACAGGAGGGAAGACUGAACUAGUUGCACAUCUCUGAUCUCAGUCACUUGGGACUGUGAAGCUCCAGCAAAGGAGACUGAGAAUCUUCACCUGUGGAAGAUACCUGCUAGUAUUUUGGGUGUUUUUUGUAUCCAGUGAUUGUCAACUAUGUCACUUAUGGUACCAGGUUGUAAGCAGUAUUUCUGUUCUGUCAGUUGCUAUCAGUAUAUUUACUGAGUGUUUGUUUCUAAAUGGAAGUUGCAGACUUUAAAGUCUCAAUGUGCUAAUCCCAAGCAUUAUAUAAUGACUUACAUAUUUUUUUCUGAAAUGGGAAUUGUGCUUAAUUAUGUCAUAAUCACGUAUAAAAUGGUCAGACUCUUCUGCCAGUCUUUCUGGCAGCUUUCUGUGAAUGUCUUGAUGGUCUCUUUGUGUGGGAAUAUAACUACAUCACAAUUACGUUGGCUGUAACUACAGGAAUCGGUGCAGUUACUGUCUGGAAUUACAGGAGUGGUUGCAGUCACUGUCCUAGUCCUGUAAACUUUUCCAUGUGAACAUUCCACUCAAGUUAGUGGAACUGUAUAGUGAUUAAUCACUUGAGUUCCUGAUUUGCCUUAAUGUUUAUAAACUGCUGUGAGACCUAGAGCUGCAGGAUAGCAGUAAUUUUGCCAGAUGCUUAUCUAUGUCUUUGUAUUACUUGUGGUGAUUCUUUAUUUUUUAAAAAAGCAAAGUGCCCUAAAGA